AUGGAGGAGAGUGAAAUACAAAAACUAUUAAAGACUAAGAAUGGUUGCCGUGUGCCGAAAAUGAAGCCUAUCCCUGAUGUCCGUGAAUUGGAUCAGUUACCUUUUAAGCCUUUGCCUCCAUACAAUAGAAUUAGGACUAGACGAGUCAAGUUUCGUGAAAUACGUGAGGAAGAAGCAGUAAGCAAAAAAGAAGAGCUAACCCAACCGUCCUUGGAGCGAUGUGUACAUGGUCGUUUAAACUUAUCACAGUCACAACAUAUUCAAGACUUACGACAAUGUGCUAAUAACAUUAAGGUACCAUCUAUGUUGAAGCAAUCGGAGCGAAAAAUUUACGAACUUAUCCCUGCUCAUCUUCUCAACGCGUUCCCUUGUGUCAUUAAAGAUUUAAUGGAAGAGUGUAAGGAGGAAUGGAACACGAACUUGCAUAAUCUAGCUGUCAAGACUGUGAUUAGAGAUAUACCAGGUUUGUCUAGGGUUAGGUACCAAGAGCCAUAUUUCAAAUAUAGAGGGGUCACUGAAAAUUAUAAUCAAUUUAUUAAAUUUCGUAAAAAACUUCAAGAAGGGUCUUUCUUAUUACAUCCUUUUAUAAGACUCAUUCUUGAAACAUCCGUCAGAAUGUUUCCGAUACAUGUAAUCGAUUUAGCUAAGUUUAGAGCCAUGGGGCCUUUAAAUUUAAAUGAUUUUAAAGCUAAGGCUUUAGAUAAUAUUAAGCGUGCCGAUUAUGUAGUAUCCAGCACAUGGUACGCCGUUCUUAUAAAGUGGCUGAAAAAUCCGCGAUGUUUAAAAGGCAUGAGCUCUGGCACGAUACCCAAAUUUAUAAUUUGUGCCUCUAGAAUAAUAUCGAUGCAAAUUCAGGAAUUAAUGCGCAGAUCUAUUUACAAUAUUAUAGAAGUUCUUAAAGACUUUGAGUGUGUCCCUAUUCUGAAUUUUGAUUUAAGUUUCGAAGACGGGGAAUUUCGUUAUAAUCCAUCUCUUGAAACAGUUUAUGAAGUAUUCCAUGAUAUUGCACAAGCGGUUUCGAAGAUUGCUCAAAGACUUAUGCCUUUAGAACAAUAUCUUAACUUGCAUUAUAAUUAUGACGCAUUACCUGUCGACUACAACGCUUGGUUAAAUAAGGAUGGUCAUGAGAAAUUACAAAAUCAACUAAAUAUAGUGUAUGACCCAUUACGUCAUUAUUUAGUGACCCUGCGAAAACAGUUCAGUAUGCUGUCUGGAGAUUCUGCAAUGGCAGAGUUUUAUGAAUUCAUUGAAAGUAAUAAAGAAUUUGAAGAAUCCCGGGACAAAAUUCAGUAUUACCAAAAAAUUUAUUCGGAGGUAAGUGGUACUUUUGAGAAUAAAUACUUCAAUUGUGCAGUUGUUUGCCAGUUGAAAAUGGUUGAUGGCUUGAAAUACAAAGCUAGUGAGUUCAUAACUGGAAUAACAGUAGGCAUAGUGAAAUCACACAUGCUUGAAAAUAACAGUAUUUGUACUGAGUUUGAACAUAUUGCGGCGAGAGCUCUUAAACAACCACAAAAUGCAGAAGAAUUAUUAGAACAAGGAGUUUUUAUUCUGCAUGCGAAAAAUGUUCUAUUAGAAAAUUUAACGAAAAGAAUUUCAGUACAACUUUAUAUAAUAAUUAACCUUAUUCAAGUCACUUCGCUUACAGUGGAGCAUUUAGCAUUAAAUUCAAAAACAUUUAACUGGCUGAGUAACAUUCAACCAAUAUUUCAAAAAAACGCUGCUUCAUAUGAAACAUUUAAAGGAGAUAUGGAAGACAAUCUCCAAGCACAGAUUACACGUCUCAACAAUGAAGUAGCAGAAAUACAACCUUACUUAGAAAUGUUGGAUAAUAUGGAUGACAUUGAUAAUACGCUCGAAUAUUUAGAAUAUUUAAGAAAACUCGUUCGUAGAUUAGAAGUGUGUGAUAAACUCGUAGCAUGGAUUAAUAAAGAAGAACAAACUUUCAAAUUUCCUAUCUCUACUUAUCCAGAGUUCGAGGAAAUAAAGGAGUAUAUCUUACCUUUCCACAGUCUUAUAUAUCUACUUCAUACCUGGAAAAGAAAAUAUUACACUUGGAUGGACGGACCGUUCGAAUAUAUGAAUCAUGACAAAAUAGAACAAGAGUAUGAAUAUUAUACCGAAGAAUUUGCAAAAAUAUCGAAUAACUAUAAAAACAGAAUUAAACAGCAAAUAACUGAAGGGAUAGAUAGACGAUUUCAAGGACUAGUCGAUGAUCCAGAUGUAAAUAAUCUUCCAGCUCCAAUGAAGUUGUGUGCUCAAGCAGUAACUAAACUAAAUGAUUGGAAACCUAACGUAAAAAUGGCUCACAUUAUGUGUAAUCCUGCGUUAGUACAAAGGCACUGGGAUGAAAUGUCGCUCAUUGCUGGUUUUGAUUUAACUCCUACAGCUGGCACUACUCUCAGAAAAAUUAUAGAUUUUGAUCUUUGGGGUAAAAUUGAUCAAUUUGAAAUUGUAAGUAUUGCAGCUACGAAAGAACUUGCCCUUAUAACGAGUUUUAAAAAUAUGAUGGCUGAAUGGAAUGACGUAUGUUUCAAAACAAGUCCAUACAAAGAUGCAGGACUACACAUACUUUCUGGUCUAGAUGAUAUACGAAGUAUUUUAGACGACCACAUAGUUAAAACGAUCGAUAUGAGAGGAUCUGCAUUCGUUAAGCCAUUCGAAUCACAAGUAAAGGCAUGGUAUGACAAAAUUAUAAGAACAAACGCUACAAUAGAUGAGUGGGACAAAGUGCAAAGUCAGUGGCUGUAUCUAUUGCCCAUUUUUUCUUGUAAAGAUAUUUUGGUGCAAAUGUCAGAAGAAGGAGUAAUGUUUGUAGAAGUUAAUAAUAUAUUUCGGAGAUAUAUGGACUAUGUAGAUAAAGACCCGAAUGUAAUUGAGCUUGCUGGAACUGAUGGAGUAUUAGAAGAGUUAAAAAUAGCGUCAGUAUAUCUGGAGAAAAUAAAAAAUGGUGUAAAUAACUAUUUGGAAAAGAAGAGAUUUUAUUUUCCGCGAUUCUUUUUCUUGUCUAACAACGAGAUGUUUGAAAUAUUAUCUGAAAUUAAUAAUCCUUACAAAGUGCAAAGAUAUUUAAAUAAAGUUUUUGUAGGCAUUAAUAAAUUAGUAUUAGAUGAAGAGUUUAACAUUUCAGCCAUGGUAUCUAAGGAAGGAGAACAUGUUAAGUUUCUUGAAAUUAUAAGUAUACAUGCUACAAGAGGUUCUGUUGAGAAAUGGCUAGUACAAGUAGAGGCACAAAUGUUAAAGGCCGUUAAAUCUGAAACAGAAUUAUCUUAUUAUGACUACCAGAAAUUGGCUAGACCAAAGUGGAUACUGAUCUGGAAAGGCAUGGCUGUUCUUGCAGCGUCUCAAAUACACUGGGCUGCAGGUGUUCACGGUGCAUUAAAUACUCAUAAAUUGAGUCAAUUAAAAGAAUUCAGCUGUUUCUUAAACAAACAACUCAAUGAAACCGUUGCCAUUGUUCGGCGUACAGAUUUGAGUAAAUUAAGCGGUAUAACAGUGAAAGCGCUUAUUGUAAUCGAUGUACACGCGAAAGAUGUGAUUGCUGAUUUAGUAGAAAAAGAAGUGAGUGAGGUUACGGACUUUCAAUGGCUGGCACAACUUCGAUAUUACUGGGAGGAUGAAAAAAUUGUCGUUAAAAUAGUAAAUGCUGUUGUAAACUACGCUUAUGAAUAUCUUGGAAAUUCUGACCGUUUGGUGAUUACGCCUUUAACAGAUAGAUGUUAUCGAACAUUAGUAGGUGCCUACUUUCUUCACUUAAAUAGUUCUGCAGAAGGACCCGCUGGAACUGGAAAAACUGAAACAACUAAAGAUUUAGCUAAGGCACUCGCCGUUCAGUGUGUUGUUUUUAAUUGUUCAGAUGGACUACAUUAUAAAACCAUGAGUAAUUUUUUUAAAGGGUUGGCUGCGAGUGGAUCCUGGAUGUGUUUUGAUGAAUUUAACAGGAUAAAUGUUGAAGUACUGUCUGUAAUAGCGCAGCAAAUUUUAUGCAUCGUUCAAGCCGUACGUCAAAAAUUGGAAACAUUUUUAUUUGAAGGAACUACUUUAAAUUUAAAUCCUGCUUGUUAUGUUUGUGUAACUAUGAAUCCGGGCUACGCUGGUCGUUCCGAGUUACCUGAUAACUUAAAAGUGCUCUUUAGGACAGUCGCUAUGAUGGUUCCAGAUUGCGCAAUGAUUAGUGAAAUUUCCUUAUUUUCUUUUGGUUUUAUCGCUGCUCAAAGCUUAUCUCUUAAAAUUGUCACAAUAUACCGAUUGUUAUCAGAACAACUAUCGACACAAAAUCACUAUGAUUAUGGAAUGCGUGUUGUGAAAACGGUUUUGACAAAAGCUGGCUACUUGAAACGUGAUUAUCCAAAUGAAAGUGAAAGUAUCCUACUACUUCGAGCUAUUACUGACGUAAGCCGUCCAACCUUUGUAACAUUUGACGUACCUCUGUUUGAACGUAUUAUAUCGGACUUGUUUCCUGGGGUUAGUUUACCAAAAUUAGAUUACGAAAAUUUUGUAAACGCCUGCACCGACAUUUGUGAGAAAGAUAAUCUUCAACCUAUGGAAUAUUUUCUAAUGAAGAUAACACAUACUUAUGAAAUGAUGAUUGCUAGACACGGAUUUAUGCUAGUGGGGGAUACUUUUUCUGGAAAGUCUAUGACAUGGAAAACACUAUCUCAAGCUCUUACUCUUAUGUACGAAAGAAAACAACCAAAUGGGUCGGAAUGCACAUUUAAAGUAUUAAAUCCAAAAGCAGUUACUGUGGGUCAAUUGUUUGGCGCAUUUGACCCUACAUCUAACGAAUGGACUGGUGGAAUAGUAGCAAAAAUGUUCCGAGACUUUGCAGCAGAAGAUACCGUUAUUAGAAAGUGGAUUGUGUUUGAUGGUCCGGUAGACGCUGUAUGGAUUGAAAAUAUGAACACUGUUUUAGAUGAAAACAAAAAACUAUGUUUAACAUCCGGAGAAGUGAUUUCUGUGUCCAAUCUAAUGUCCAUGAUAUUUGAAGUUAUGGACUUAAGUCAAGCGUCCCCUGCCGCAAUCUCUAGAUGUGGAAUGAUACACUUGGAAUCAGCGGUACUUGGAUUUAUGCCUUUUUACAAAUCCUGGCUUAAUACUCUUAAUCCUAUUUGGUUAGAAGACAAUAAGGAAUACAUUUUUGCAGUGUGUGAAUGGAUCUUUGAUCCGCUAGUAUAUUUUGUUGGAAAACAAUGCAUACAACUGGUAACAGCAGGACAAGUACAUUUAAUUGUCAGCACGCUUCGACUCGUAGAUAUGUUAAUGAAUGAUGCUUUAGAAGAAGAAGAGGACACAAGAUAUACAAGAACUUGGUUUUUAGCAUCAUUUAUGACUGCGUUAGUUUGGGGUAUAGGAGGAAUAUUAAAUUCGUAUUCUCGAGAAAAAUUUGAUGUAUUAUUAAAAGAUUACCUGAAAGGUGAGCAUGGUAUGCCAGAUGGUAUUGAUCGAUUUGAUGUAUCUAUUCCAAGUGAAGGUAUGAUAAUUGAUUAUUAUUACAUGUACAAAGGAAAAGGCUGUUGGAAAACCUAUGCAGACACAGUCAAAGCUAGUCCUCUACUGGAAAAGACUAACCUAUUUGAAACUGUUGUUCCAACUACGGAAACUGAGAAAUACGUUGCUCUAUUAACUUUACACACAAAAUUUAGUGUGCCUUUACUCCUGAUUGGACCGACAGGCACUGGUAAAAGUUUUUACAUUCAAAACUUUUUGACGAAUACUAUUAGUAUAGAAAAAUAUACACCUUCUUUUCUUACGUUUACCACCACGACCACUUGCAAUGAGACACAAAAUUUAGUGCUUUCGAAACUGAUCAAGAGAAGUAAAGGUAGCUACGGCCCUACCAAAGGUAAAAAAGGUAUAAUAUUCAUUGAUAAUAUGAAUCUGCCUGCAAAAGAAUUAUAUAAUGCUCAACCAGCUAUAGAAUUAUUAAGGUUAUAUUUCGAUCAGAAACAUUGGUACGACGUAAAAACAGCUGAGAAAUUAUACAUAUUAGACACAUUCUUUUACGGAGCCAUAGCUCCAGUUGGGGGUAGCCGCCAACUAAUAUGUCCAAGAUUGUUAAGACAUUACAAUAUUUACUCUAUUAAUGAAUUUUCUAAAGAGUCUAUGAAUAAGAUAUUUACGACUUUAUUGCAAUUAGGAUGGAAGAGAAAUGGAUUCGGUCAAGACUCUUACGGCAAUAUGGUCAACAUUAUAGCCGCUACAAUGGACAUAUAUGAGCAAGCAGUUGCAGUCUUGAGACCAACACCUUCAAAGAUGCAUUACAUAUUUAAUUUAAGAGAUUUUUCUAGAGUAGUUCAGGGUUGUGCACUCUUAAGAAAAGAAUCUACAGACAAUAAAAAAACAUUCAUUAGAGUCUGGGUUCACGAAAUUUUGCGCGUAUUUUAUGAUCGACUUGUAGACGCUAAUGAUCGAACAUGGUUUUUUAAUAUUUUAAAGAAAUCUACCGGAGAGUUUAUGAAAGACUCGUUUGAAAACGCACUGGAUACUUAUCAAAACGACAAAAAAUUUGUUACUCAAGAGACAGUCAAAAAUAUGAUGUUUGGAUGUUAUUUAGAUACAGAUAGUGCCGAAGGCCAAAGACGAUAUGAAGAGGUGCCGUCGAGAGAUGCGAUGUCAAAGUAUGCUACUGCUAUGUUACAUGAAUAUAACACGAAUCAUAAAACUAAAAUAAAUAUAGUACUAUUUAACCAUGCUUUGGAACACUUAUCGAAAAUUUGUAGACUCCUCUCUAUGCCUUCGGGAAAUGGUUUAUUAGUUGGGGUAGCAGGUUCUGGUCGUCAAUCACUCACGCGAUUAGCUACAACUAUGAUGCGGCAAAAUGUGUUUCAACCAGUAAUCACAAAAAAAUAUUGUAUUACAGACUGGCAAGAGGAUUUAAAAUGCGUACUUCGUGAAUCUGGUGGUCUAAACAAAGACACAACGUUUUUAUUUAGUGACACUCAGAUAAGAGAUGAACAAUUUAUUCAAAAUUUAGACAGCCUUCUUAACUCUGGCGAAGUCCCUAAUCUCUUCGGUUUAGAUGAACAACGAGAGAUUAUUGAACUGGUCCGUUUGGCAGCGCAGGGAGGAAACAGAAAUUUAGAUAUAAAUCCAUUGCAAAUACUGGCUUUUUUCGUGGGUCGCUGUAAGGUAAAAUUACAUAUUAUACUUUGCUUUAGUCCUAUAGCAGAUGCUUUUCGAAAGAGACUUAGAUUGUAUCCAUCUUUAGUCAAUUCUUGCACUAUUGAUUGGUAUGAUAGUUGGCCUGAAGAUGCCUUAGAAAUGGUAGCACUACAUUAUAUGUCUAAAGUGGAUAUCCCCGAUGGUGUUAAAGCUAUGGCAGUUACCAUUUGUAAACAAUUUCAUGUUGAUGCUAGUGUCGUUUCGGCAGAUUUUUAUAAUAAUUAUGGAAGAAAGACAUACAUUACAUCUGCAUCUUACUUACAUUUAAUUAAAUUAUUUACCACAUUAACAAAUAUAAAACAAAGAGAAUUGAGAGCUGCCAAAUUAAUAUAUACGAACGGUCUAGAUAAGCUCGGUCAAGCUGCUGAAGCUGUGACUAUUAUGCAGAGAGAUUUAAAUGCUUUGAAACCUCAAUUACUAACAAUGGCUGAAAAAUCUGUUAAAAUGAUGGAGGAGAUAGCAAUUGAAACAGCUAUUGCUGACAAAGCAGCAGCUCAAGUAAGAGAAGAUCAAAAAGUCGCAAAUGUCCAAGCAGCAGCUGCUCAAGAACUUAAAAAAGAUUGUGAAGCAGAUUUAGCCCUCGCUUUACCGAUUCUUGAAGAUGCUAUUGCUGCUUUAAAUACUUUGAAACCUGCUGAUAUAACAAUAGUGAAGUCGAUGAAAAAUCCACCGUAUACAGUCAAACUGGUUAUGGCUGCGGUAUGUGUUAUAAAAGGAGUUGCUCCUGACAAAAUUCUCGAUCCUGACAAUCCUGGAAAAAAAAUGUAUGAUUUUUGGGGGCCAAGUAAAAGAAUUUUAGGUGAUAUGAGUUUUUUAGAAUCACUAAAAAAUUUUGACAAAGAUAACAUAUCCAUUCCAGUUAUGCAAAAAAUUAGAAAGGAAUACCUGUCUAACAAAGAUUUUAAACCUCACAUAGUAGCCAAAGCUUCUAACGCUGCUGAAGGCCUGUGUAAGUGGAUAAUAGCUAUGGAUAUGUAUGACGCAGUCGCAAAGGUGGUAGCCCCAAAAAAAGCAAAGUUACAAGCGGCUGAAAAAGAAUUUGCUCAAACAAUGGCCAUCUUAGACGAAAAAAAGGCAACUGUUGCUAAAUUAGAAGCUAAACUCGUUGAACUGAACCAAGCUUUGGAAGAGGCUAAUAUCAAAAAGAAAGUUUUAGAAAAUGAAGUACGGUUAUGUGUUGAUAAAUUACAUCGAGCUGAAAAGUUGAUAAGUGGGUUGGGUGGAGAAAAAAUACGUUGGACACAAGCAGCUGCAAAAUUACAAGGUCUCUUUGAUAAUUUAGCCGGCGAUAUUCUGGUAUCAUGUGGAAUUAUUGCUUAUUUAGCUCCUUACACUAUUCAAAUUAGAAUGAAAAUGAUUGACGAAUGGCGAGCUCAUAUUAUUAAAUUAGAAAUACCACAUUCAGAAUAUUUUGUUUUUAAAGAUAUCCUUGGCACUGACAUAAAAAUUCAAAAUUGGUGUAUUGCAGGUUUACCGCGAGAAUCUUUUUUUAUUGAUAAUGCAAUCAUACAAGACAAUUCGUUAAGGUGGUCUUUAUUCAUUGAUCCUCAAGGACAGGCUAAUAAAUGGAUCAAAACAAUGGAAAAAUUAAACGACUUGCAAGUAUUAAAGUUUAUUGAUGGCAAUUACAUGAAAGUUAUUGAAGCGUGUUUAGAAUAUGGCAAACCAGCUUUAAUAGAUUGUGUUUUGGAAGAUGUGGAAGCCACACUUGAUCCCGUUCUACUUAAACAUACGUAUAUGCAAGUUGACAAAGAAUUCGUUCAUAUAGGGGACAACGUUAUAGAAUAUCAUCCUAAUUUUAGACUUUACAUGACGACUAAAUUACGUAAUCCUCAUUAUUUACCAGAAGUUUUUAAUAAAGUAACAUUAAUUGACUUUGCACUCACUAAAGAUGGAUUGGAAGACCAACUACUAGGUAUAGUUGUAGCAAAAGAGAGGCCUGAUUUGCAAGAAAAACGAGAAAAGUUAAUCGAGAAAGGUGCCGCCAAUCGAGCUGCACUUAAGCAAGUUGAGCAAGAUAUUCUACGCACUUUACAAGAAUCAAAAGGCGAUAUUUUAGAAGAUGAAAAUGCAAUAAAAGUCUUAGAUUCCUCAAAACUAAUAGAGAUAGAUAUAAAGAAGAAACAAGAAGCCAGUUUGGACACAGAAAUGUUAAUAGAGAAAUUUCGUGAGGGCUAUAAACCUAUUGCUUCGCACUCAGCGGUUUUAUAUUAUUGUAUCACUGAAUUACCAAAUGUUAACACAAUGUAUCAAUUUUCCGUGACAUGGUUCAUUAAUCUAUAUACAAAAUCAAUCGAAAAUGCGAAUAAAGCAAAAGACUUAAAAAAGAGGUUAAAGUUCUUAAAAGAUACAGUUACUUAUAAUUUAUACAGUAAUGUUUGCAGAUCAUUGUUUGACAAGGACAAACUUAUGUUUUCCUUCAUAUUGUGUUCAAAAAUGUUGAUAUCCUCAGGCAAAAUGGAUCGGGAUGAGUACUUAUUCCUUAUAAUGGGAGGUAUUUGUGUUCAAAAUCCCAACAAAAAACCAUUCGAAUGGUUAUCUGACAAAAGUUGGGAUGAAAUUUGUCGUUUAAAUGAUUUGCCAACGUAUAAUGGUUUUAUGAAUGAUUUUGUGAAUAACACAUCAAUGUGGAAGGCAGUUCACGAUGGUCUAGAACCUCAUAUUACAACAUUGCCAGAAGAGUGGGACAGGAAAUUAACAACAUUCCAAAAAUUGUUGAUAGUUAGAGUAUUACGGCCAGAUAUUUUAAUUGUAGCUGUAUCAGAUUUCGUUGAAAAAGAAAUGGGCAAACAAUACAUAACACCUCCGCCGUUUGAUAUAGGAAAGUCGUUUGGAGAUUCAAACUGUCUUGUACCUUUAAUAUUCAUCUUAUCACCUGAGUCCGAUCCUUUAAGUAUAUUGAUGAAGUAUUGUAAACGAAUGGGAUACUCGCAUAGGUUUAACUCUAUAUCUUUGGGACAGGGACAGGGCUCGGUUGCACGAGGUAUGAUAGAACAAGCUCAGAUCGAAGGUGGCUGGGUUUGCUUACAAAACUGUCAUUUGGAAGUUUCUUGGCUUCCCGUCCUAGAAAAACUUGUAGAAGGAUUUAAUUUAAAAAAUACUGACUUAAGUUUCAGGUUGUGGUUAACAAGUUAUCCAUCGGAUAAAUUUCCGCAGUCUAUUCUACAAGUUGGUGUUAAAAUGACAAAUGAGCCUCCUACUGGACUCCAACACAAGUUAAACCGGUCUUAUAACUCGGAGCCGCUAAAUAACGUUGAAUUUUACGAAGGAUGCUCUGGAAAGGAAAAGCAGUUUAGUAAACUCUUAUAUGGAAUCAGUUUCUUUCACGCUGUAGUGCAAGAAAGAAAAAGAUUUGGUCCUUUGGGGUGGAAUACUCAAUACGAUUUUAAUGAUGCCGAUUUUCAAAUAUCAGUAAUGCAACUUCAAAUGUUUUUGAAUCAAUAUGACGACAUUCAAUAUGCAGCUAUCCAAUAUGUAACUGGAGAAUGCAAUUACGGUGGCAGAGUAACCGAUGAAUGGGAUCGUCGUUUAAUACUUUCAAUACUUAAUAAAUACAUUAACCCUAGCGUAAUAAAUGACCCAAAUUAUUCCUUUUGUGAUUUUGCCCCUCAAUUUGGAUUACCUCGAAGAUGUGAAUAUCGUAAUUACCUUAAACAUUUAGAAACUGUGCCUUUAAAUCCUUCAUCAGAAGUAUUUGGGUUACAUAUGAAUGCAGGCAUAACUCGUGACUAUGUUGCUUCGAUGUCACUGACUGAAGCAUUGGGGUGUGUUGAGGGUGUUGGUAGCAGAGAUGAGAGUGCAAAUACCGAACAUAUUGUAGAGGAAAUGACUUCAAAUAUCCUUUCUAAAUUGCCCGAUCUCUUUGAUAUUGAAAUAUCUCAGACAAAAUACCCAGCAGACUACAACGAUUCAAUGAAUACAGUUUUAAUUCAAGAGAUGAAACGUUUUAACAAAUUACUAAAUGAGAUUAAGGUAUCUUUGUCAGACUUGCAGAAAGCAGUUAAAGGCCUUAUUAUCAUGUCUCAAGCUCUAGAUUUACAAUCUAAUGCAAUGUUAUUAGGUAAAAUACCUAGUAAUUGGGCUCAAGUUUCGUAUCCUAGUUUGAAGCCUCUAUCUAGCUAUGUAUCUGACUUUAUAGAACGCUUGAAUAUGUUAAAAGAUUGGUAUGAGAAUGGCAAACCGCCAACUUUUUGGCUUUCGGGAUUCUUUUUCACACAAGCUUUACUGGCCGGUUCUGUCCAAAACUAUGCUCGAGAUAAACAACUUCCUAUAGAUUUAUUAAUAUUUGAUUUCGAGGUACGCUAUAUGGAUUAUGAAGAGGUUCCACCGCAGUGUGGAGUGUAUGUGCGCGGACUUUUUAUGGGUGGAGGGCGUUGGGAUCGAAAGAACUUUGUUAUAGCUGAACAACUUCCAAAGAUACUUAACGAUGUGCUACCAGUUGUAUGGCUCUGUCCUAAGCUAAAAUCGAAAUUUGUAGAAGGUUUGAGAUAUAAAUGUCCGCUUUAUAAAACUUUGGAAAGACAAGGUGUGUUAGCUACUACUGGUCUCUCAUCUAAUUUUGUGCUAGCAUUUUAUUUACCAUCGGAUAAACCCUCGGAUCAUUGGAUACAACGCAGCGUGGCCUUAUUGCUCCAGUUGGAUAAUUAA